AUGAGCGGUUCCAUGUCAACUCCUCGGAUUCUGCCGGCGCAUCUCCAUGCCUUCGCCCCCGGUAGCAGUGCUCAUAACACCGUCCGCAUUAUGGGGAUCAUCAGCACCGUAAGUGGGGACCAGGCCACGCUGACCUGCUUAAACGACGCAGUCACAAUCCUGCUGAACAGAGACUCUCACCUUUCAGUGGGUUCGAUGUACGAGGUUGUCGGGAAAGUCGUCAACAUCGAGGGAGGACAUGGUCUUGGGUUGCGAGUGCUGAGCAGCACAGAGUGGCCGCGAAAUGAACAAGGGCAAUUACCGGAUCUCAAACUCUACGAAGCUGUGGUGGACUCUACACAUCGCUACAAGAGCAUCUUUUAUGAUGAUGGCGAAGCCGGUACGGACACCGGACAUUGA